UCCCGUCCUGUCAUGGCUGACGUUCUAUGAUCUAUUCUUCUUCUCAGUACCUUUUUCCGUAAUUCUGCCUCUUACAAAAAGGCAAGGGUCUCUUAUCUCCUCAGUGCUCACCUAUCUCUCAUUCCUCUUUCAUCUGAUCCUUUUCUUGUCGGUUCAUUCAAAUCCAUUUCUGAUCUUUAAUUCUCUAAACUCCUAGCUUUCUUUUCAUUUACGAAUCUCAAUCUUCUUUCCUUCGAUUACUCUGCUUAAUUCUCUAUUUACAAUUAAGCGUGCACAGAAAAUUGAAUUUCCGAGAUUCUUGAUUCCCGGGAAAAUUGAAAUUCUGCUUUGGGUUUAUUACCACUUACUGUCUCUGAUCGGUGGAAUUUUGACCGUUGAUCUCCAUAAAAAGGCUAAUAUAGAGAGAGGGAUAGCUUUUCUUUGGAGGAUUUCAGACCUUUAAGGAGUUGAGAUGGCGUCGCUGCAUGGACCAGUUGUUUGCCCUGUUGUACGUGCAAAACAAGCAGGAGUUUACACUCUGCCGGUGAAUGCUCCCUUGGUGAAUGCAAGGCUUGUUAGAAGUGGAUUAUGGAGAUUCAAGAGCAUCAAUAGUUACAGAACUAAAGUGGCUGUAUUUUCUACUCAACUCAGUCGGCAAGGGCGCUAUAGUGUGCGAUGUUGUUUGAGUUCAUCCUCUGACGGUAACGGGAGCACGGCAGAGAACUUCAAUGAAAACGAUGAAGAUUAUGUUAACUCUAGUGUAGUUGAAGCUGUUGAGGUAAAGAGCGGAGCAGAUGGUUUUACGAUCAAAAUGAGGGAUGGGAGACACUUACGAUGCAUCCACAACAACCCUCAAGGUGGUCAUCUGCCAGAUUACGCGCCACAUCCUGCAAUUGUACUGAAGAUGGAAGAUGGGACCGGUCUUCUCCUCCCAAUAAUUGUUUUGGAAAUGCCAAGUGUGCUGCUCAUGGCAGCUGUACGCAAUGUUCAAAUUGCUCGACCAACUCUGUAUCAAGUGGUGAAGGAAAUGAUUGAGAAGAUGGGCUAUGAAGUCAGACUUGUUAGAGUUACUAAGAGGGUGCACGAGGCAUAUUUUGCCCAGUUAUACCUCACGAAGGUGGGAAAUGAAACAGAAUGUAUCAGCUUUGACCUUCGUCCUUCAGAUGCCAUCAAUAUUGCAGUGAGAUGCAAGGUACCAAUUCAAGUCAACAAGUACCUGGCGUACAGUGAUGGGAUGAGAGUCAUUGAAUCUGGAAAGCUAACGCACUCUCCGGGUUCAGAUGGCUUGUUAUUUACAGAACUAGAUCGGCCCACUGGAAAGCCUUGUCUUGAUACCAAGGAGUUUGAUCUCGUCCGCAACAUGAUGACAGCUGUAAUUGAGGAACGUUACCAAGAUGCUGCUCAAUGGAGGGAUGAACUUUGUCAAUUCCGGGCUCAAAGGAACUUGAAGAAGUAUACAUGACAGUUGUUCUACAAGAACUUGUAUAUAGAAACCAUUGUUGGAAGCUGAUAAGGUCAGCUGCAUACAGCAGUAGCCAGUCAUGUCCCUUUCCCUUUCUACCUGUGUAUUUAUCGAGCAUGUGAAUAUAUGUAUAGAUAAACUUUGCUUAAGCAAUUAGCACUCGAUAAUUUCUGCUUAUCGUUCUUCUGUGGAUGCUGGCUUUUUAGCUUUUAAUUUCAUAAGGGAACUUGCAUUUUGUAGUGUUGUGUGUUUGAUAUCUCUGCCAAAGCAGCCUGUAUCUGAAAUAUAGAGUAGUAAAAGUUUAAACGAGUUGAGCUAA